AUGAGUUCACAGAUCAUCUUCUACGAGGAGAAGAACUUUAAGGGCCAUCACUAUGAGUGCAGCGGCGACUGUCCGGAGCUCAACUCUCACAUCCAGCACUGCAACUCCCUCCGGGUGGAGGGGGGGGCCUGGGUCCUCUACGAGAGACCCCAAUACCUGGGCUACCAGUACGUGCUCAUGAGGGGCGAGUACCCCAACUACCAGAGCUGGAACGGCUUCAACGACACCAUCCGCUCCUGCAGACUCAUCAGACAUCUCACUAACAAAACAUUAUCAUUUCAGCCUUCCAGCAUGCACAGGAUCCGCAUCUACGAGCGUCCGGACUUCAGCGGCCAGAUGAUCGAGUUCAGCGACGACAUGCCCAACCUGAUGGACCGCUGGCGCUACCGGGACCUCCACUCGGCGCACGUGCAGGACGGCGUCUGGGUUUUCUACGAGCACUCGAACUACAGGGGGCGCCAGUACCUGCUGGAGAAGGGCGAGUACAGACGUCCCGCAGAGUGGGGGGCGCUUCAUCCCGCCGUGGGGUCCAUCAGACGGGUGGUCGACUCGUCUUAA